CCUAAUAAUAAGACGAGGUCGACCUAACAAAGCUCCUAUCCGUCCCCUCGAUCGACCGACGCGAAAUCACAGAGGUCAGUAAUGGCGGCUUCAAUGGCAAGAUCAGGCCUCCGAUUCCUUCGCCGGGGAUCAAACACCGGCUCAAAGUCCCUCCUUUCCAACAAAAAGAACUUCUCCGCUUCUUCUCAUCACGACGACGCUUAUGAGACUGCGAAAUGGGAGAAGAUAACGUAUGCUGGAAUCGUGACUUGCACGAUCCUUUCGAUCUAUAAUCUUUCCAAGGGCCACCCUCACCAUGAAGAUCCUCCGGCUUACCCGUAUUUGCACAUUCGUAACAAGGAAUUUCCAUGGGGUAAGUGUUCUUAUUAUCCUUUCCCUUCUCUAUUUAGGUUUUCCGUGUUGUCUUGAGGUAUUAUUAUUUUUCUGAUAAUAGCUAGGGAAUAGAAGGGAUAACAAA